CACAGAUCGAAAACAAGAGCCCAGACACCAUGGAAAUGGAAAUGGAAGUUGAGGCAGCGGCCGCUGCCUCAUUCAUUGAGAUUGUUGAGGAUGUAGCACCGGGGUAUUUAUCCUAUAUCAACGCGAACACGCCGGCAUUCUUCCAAGUUGGAGUUCCUUCCAUAAAGAGACCGUUUGGAGUCCACCUUUGGCCGUUGUUCAACCAGCUCGUGUCCACCAUCAGUGGUGGUAAGUUUGUGCCGGAUGAGUUCCACUACGUUGAGGGCGAGACGUUCAUGAGCACACCGUUCGAAGUUGCUGUUGUUAUUGGGUUGUACUACUUCAUCAUCACCUUUGGACAAGUUGUCUUCAAGAACUUGACGGCCUGGAAGCUUAACUAUCCAUUCCAGCUGCACAAUUUGGUGUUGACCACUGUUUCCGGAGUGCUGUUGGCUCUGCUGUUUGAACAGAUCUUCCCGAUUGUUGUGGAGCACGGUGUGUUGUACUCCGUGUGCUCUCCAAACUCGUGGUACCAGAAAGUUGUUGUCAUUUACUACUUGAACUACUUGACCAAAUACCUCGAAUUUGUCGAUACCUUCUUCCUCGUUGUUAAGAAGAAGAAGAUCAUCUUCUUGCACGCCUACCACCACGGUGCCACUGCUUUGCUCUGUUACAUCCAGUUGAACGGUGAAACGUCCGUGUCAUGGGUCCCAAUCCUGUUGAACUUGGGUGUCCACGUCAUCAUGUACUGGUACUAUUUCCUCGCUGCCAGAGGCAUCAGGGUCUGGUGGAAGCAAUGGAUCACCAGAUUCCAAAUCAUUCAAUUCAUCUUGGACUUGAUCUUUGUCUAUUCCACCACAUACACCUUCUACGCCGACAAGUACUCUCGUGAGUGGGGCAUCUGGAUUCCAAACAUGGGUACCUGUUAUGGAACCCCAUUUGCUGCCAGCACCGGAUGUUUGAUCUUGUCCAGUUACUUGGUGUUGUUCAUCAUGUUCUACAUCAGUAUCUACAAGAAGACACCAGCGGCCAAGAAGGAUUCUAAGAAGACCAAAUAGAUCGAUUAGACGACGCUUCCUGUCCCAAAUAUACAAAAAGAAGCAAAGCACUUAUACAUAUUGAUGGUGUAAUAAUAAUGUAAUAAUCUCGCAA